AUGCGUGGCAUUACACGAGCUGCGCUUCUCUUCCCCCUUGGGGUUAUGGCAUUGCGCAUGCAAGCUAUCAAAGGCCUUCAAGGGCCGGAGCCAGACGCUCCCGUCCCUGAGGGCACCACGGACCAGUGCACGUACUACUUCACCACCUCUGAGGGUGACGACUGCGCCUAUGUCGAAAGCUACUGGGGCAUCACGCACGACCAGUUCGUGAGAUGGAACCCUUCCGUCGAGGAUGACUGCAGUGGCAUUGCCCCUGAAUACUCAUACUGCGUCGAAGUCAAUAGUGGAGGAGACAUCACCUCGGCGGUUCCUACCACGUCAGCCGAACCAACUUCCACGGGUUCGCCAGCUCCCUCUCCCACGCUGGACGGUACGGCUCCCAACUGCGAUGCCUGGCACUUUGUGGUGGUCGGCGAUGACUGCGACUCUAUCACGUCCACAUAUGGCAUCACCAUGGACCAGCUGAUGGAGUGGAACGAGAAUGUGGAGAGUGAUUGCUCUGGUCUCUGGGCCCAGUAUUACUUUUGCGUGUCGGUCGAGGGACACGAACCCCCUACUGUGACGGAUGGCCCCGAGCCCACGGCUACGGGCAAUGUCCCUUCGCCUACCCUUGACGGCACUGCUCCUGACUGCGAUGCCUAUCACUUUGUCGAAGUAGGGGACGACUGCGAGUCCAUCACCAAAGAGUACGGCAUUACCAUGGAGCAACUCAUGGAGUGGAACACGGCCGUUCAGAGUGACUGCUCUGGCUUGUGGGCUCAGUACUACUACUGUGUCUCCGUUGAGGGCCACGAACCUUCUAUAACCGAGCCUGGACCGUCGCCGACAGGUGAACCCACCCCCUCGCCCACCCUGGAUGGCACGCACGAAGACUGUGACGACUACCAUCUGGUAGAAACCGGCGAUAACUGUGAGGCCAUCUGCGCUGACUAUGGUAUCACCAUGACCCAAUUUAUGGCUUGGAACACGGCUGUCAAGAGCGACUGCUCGGGCUUGUGGGCAGAGUACUACUACUGCGUCUCUAUUGAGGGCCACAACCCUCCUGCCCCGGCACCUACGACCACACAGCCAGGUGCGCCGGCACCGACUCAGACUGGGAUCGUCAAAGAUUGCCAGGACUGCGGGUGCCAGGAAGACCAUCCGACUCCCACCCAGCCUGGUGCCAUAUGCGAGUGUGACAAGUGGCACAAGAUUGCCAGCGGCGACAGCUGCUGGUCAUUGGCGCAGAGGUACGAUGUCACCGAGCAGCAAAUCAAGAACUGGAAUCCGGGCACCAACUGCAACAUGUGGCUGGGCUACUAUGUCUGUGUUGGAGCCUAG